UGUCGCACAUGGAUGACGUAACGGAAGCGUCACUAUGCGAGUUUGUAACUUUAUGUUUGUUUUUAUCGUAGCGUGAUUUACCAGCUUAAUUGUGAUGUCAGCUUUGUGUGGCACCAGCAACAAUGGCCUAGAUGUGUGUCAAGAGGCUAUAGAGAAACAAGAGAAGGAGCACCCUCGUGUUCUCAUUCCUGAGUUAUGCCGUCUCUUCUACCAGCUAGGAUGGGUGACUGGGACUGGUGGUGGGAUCAGCUUAAGACGAGGUGACCAGAUCUACAUUGCACCAUCAGGGGUUCAGAAGGAGAGAAUACAGCCAGAGGACAUGUUUGUGUGUGACGCAGAGGAGAGGGACAUCAGUUGUCCACCUGCUUGGAAGAAGUUAAAGAAAAGCCAGUGUACACCACUUUUUAUGAAUGCUUAUACCAUGAGAGGGGCACAGGCAGUUAUACACACCCACUCCAAGGCUGCUGUCAUGGCAACGCUGCUGUAUCCUGGCAAAGAGUUCAGAAUAACACACCAGGAGAUGAUAAAGGGGAUUCGUAAGGGGACCUCAGGCACAAACUAUCGGUAUGAUGACAUGUUGGUAGUUCCUAUUAUUGAAAACACACCAGAGGAGAAGGACUUGAAAGACAGGAUGGCCCGAGCAAUGGAAGAGUACCCGGAUUCAUGUGCCGUUCUUGUCCGUCGGCAUGGUGUUUAUGUUUGGGGCGAGUCCUGGGAAAAAGCAAAGACGAUGUGUGAAUGCUACGACUACCUUUUUGAUAUUGCUGUCCAAAUGAAGCAGUGCGGUUUGGACCCUUCGGCCCUUCCAGUCGAAGAGAAGGGAAUAGUGUGACAUUUUCUGGUGCUUAUUUUUGAGACAUUUGUUACCGAAAGGUUAGCGGAGUUCAAUCAAGGGAGUAGAUUGUAAUCAUUUGCCUUUCAUGGCAGCCUGCUUCAAAAUAGAUGAAAUGUGAUGGUAAGGUUAAAUUCAGGGUUGAAGAUCGAAUGCCUGUAAUCUGGAGGUACCUGCAGGUCCACUGUAAAGCACUGUGGGACAACUCAUACGAGAGUAGCUGUCAGACUAAUGUCCUCAGGUUCAGAUGCCUUUCUGUUCAAGCCUGGCUGCACUCAAAUCAGAGUAUUGCUGUAUGUCAGAGAGAACUAGAACACAUAUCUCACUUAAUCUGUAGUACUUUUAACUUCCGUUGGUUCAGUGGAUAAAACAUGAGGAGUUGUCAGUUUUGACUUGAUGAUUUUUUUUAUGUACUUAUAUUUGUCCCUUUCAUUUUGUAAGCCACAUUUCAAGCUAAGCAGUUCAUUAACAAAUAAGACUUAACUUUUACUCAUGGAAUAAAAGCAAGCUGAU